AUGCAUCUUGACUGCUUUGUCUCUCUUUCUCAAAUUUUUUGUCACGGUUUUCUUCCUUUUUGGCAUUUCUUCUUUAUUAUUUCAUGUCCCUUUGUUGUCCUCUCCCCCGCGCCUCGCUGUUUCACUUCCCUCUCGGUCUUCAUCCAUUAUUCUGUCGUUUUUCACUUUCUUUCUUUUUUUCUACUACAUUGCCCUUUUGGCUUACUUCCGCCCUUGUUUCUUUCAUCUCUACUUUCUUAUUGCUAUCACUCGACGCCAGUAUAUUCUUUCUUUCUUUCUUUCUUUUUUUUUUAUUUCUUUCUUUCUUUCUUUCUACAUUGCCCUAUUGGCUUAUUUUGUCCUUUUCUUUCUUCUCUACUUUCUUAUUGCUAUCACUCGACGCCAGUAUAUUCUUUCUUUCUUUUCGUUGUUUUAUCCUUUUUCUUUUUCCUCACGAUUUUCAAAAUUUUCGAUCUCUCUCUUUCUCUAUCUAUCUAUCUAUCUAUCUAUCUAUCUAUCUAUCUAUCUAUCUAUCUAUCUAUCUAUCUAUCUUUCUUCCUUCCUUUGUUCCUUCCUUCCUUCCUUUCUUUCUUUCUUUCUUUCUUUCUAUAUUUCUUUUUUUUUUCUAUUCCCACCUCAUUUCUUUUCUUAUUCUUUCUUUCUCUUAUCUUUCUUUCUUUUUGUUUCUUUUUCUCUCUUUCUCUCUUUCUUUUUCUCUCUUUCUCUUUCUCUCUUUCUUUUUCUUUCUUUCUUUCUUUCUUUCUUUUAAUAACGCUAACAUUUUAUCCACCUUCUUUAUUAAUCCAUAUUUCUUCUUUAUAUUCCUAUUUUAUCACUUUAUGCGAUUUCCCUUUUCUUUUUAUUUCUUUCUUUCUCUCUUUUUCUUUCUUUCUUUCUAUUUUAUUUAUCUUCUAA